UAAUCCGAUUCAUACUCUCACACACACUCUUGUAAAAGGGGGAAAAAAAGUAUCAAUCAAACAUCAUCACAGUAAUAAGAAAGCCCCCCCUCCCUUCCUCCCACCACUUUGUUUCCUCCCGAUCUUCAACUGGGGAUUUGCGUGUGGUGAUUUGAGUAUUGAUGGGUAAAGGAGCCCAAAACUAUGGGAAGAAAGACGGGACGGGUUCGGAUGCAAGUGGUUAUGCUUCCUGGGCGAAAGAAGUGAGUGAGUGUGAAGAAAAAUAUAAGGUGGAUAGGAAGAAUGGUUUAUCGGAUAGUGAAGUCGAGAAGCGGUUGCAGAUUCAUGGGCUGAAUGAGUUGGAAAAGCAUGAAGGGGCGUCCGUUUUCCGUUUAGUUUUAGAUCAGUUUAAUGAUACUUUAGUUAGGAUUUUGCUUGUUGCUGCGGUGAUAUCUUUUGUUUUGGCCUGGUAUGAUGGUGAAGAGGGUGGCGAGAUGGAGAUCACCGCAUUUGUAGAGCCUUUGGUGAUUUUUUUGAUACUGAUUGUUAACGCGAUUGUUGGUGUCUGGCAAGAAAGUAAUGCCGAAAAGGCUUUAGAGGCUCUUAAAGAGAUUCAAUCAGCACAUGCAACUGUUAUACGUAAUGGUAGAAAAAUAUCGGAUUUACCCGCGAAAGAACUUGUCCCGGGUGAUAUUGUGGAGCUUCGUGUGGGGGAUAAAGUCCCGGCUGAUAUGAGGGUUUUAAGUCUAGUUAGUUCAACACUUAGGGUAGAGCAGGGUUCCUUAACUGGAGAAAGUGAGGCCGUUGGUAAAACUACGAAACCGGUUCCCGAGGAGACAGAUAUCCAAGGAAAGAAAUGUAUGGUGUUCGCUGGGACAACAGUUGUAAAUGGGAACUGUAUUUGUUUGGUUACAGAUACGGGUAUGCAUACCGAGUUAGGGAAAGUGCACUUACAGAUUCACGAGGCCUCUCAAAGUGAAGAAGACACGCCAUUGAAGAAGAAAUUGAACGAGUUUGGAGAAACAUUGACCAUGAUGAUAGGGUUAAUUUGUGUUUUGGUUUGGCUUAUAAACCUAAAGUAUUUUCUCUCUUGGGAUUAUGUUGAUGGUUGGCCUACAAACUUUAAGUUUUCGUUUGAGAAGUGUACAUAUUACUUUGAAAUUGCUGUGGCAUUGGCUGUUGCUGCUAUCCCAGAAGGUUUGCCUGCUGUGAUUACUACUUGUUUGGCUCUUGGCACGCGUAAGAUGGCACAGAAGAAUGCUCUUGUCAGGAAAUUACCUAGUGUCGAGACUCUAGGGUGUACUACAGUGAUCUGUUCUGACAAGACUGGUACAUUGACCACUAACCAGAUGGCUGUGGCUAAGCUUGUUGCUAUGGGUCAUACUGCAAAUGUUGUCCGAACCUUUAAUGUCGAAGGGAGUACAUAUAAUCCAUCGGAUGGAAAAAUACAAGACUGGCCAGCUGGGCAAAUGGAUGCUAACCUUAAAACUAUUGCAAAGAUUGCUGCUUUAGCUAAUGAUGCUAGCAUUGAGAGAUCCGAGAAAGGCUAUGUUGCUGGUGGAAUGCCGACUGAGGCAGCUCUAAAGGUUCUUGUUGAGAAAAUGGGACUUCCUUCUGGUUUGGAUUCUGGUUCGUCUACAGGUUACAGUGACCUCAUGGGUUGCUCUCAGGCUUGGGAUACAAUUGAGCACAGGAUUGCCACUCUUGAGUUCGACCGUGAUAGGAAAUCAAUGGGGGUUAUUGUGUCCUCGAACUCUGGCAAAAAGUCACUGCUUGUGAAGGGUGCAGUGGAGAAUUUGUUGGAAAGAAGCUCCUACAUUCAGUUGGUAGAUGGUUCUGUUGUCGAACUUGAUCAGAGUGCUAAAGGGGUUAUCUUAGAUAGCCUUAACAAAAUGUCAACGAGUGCAUUACGUGUUUUGGGUUUUGCAUACAAGUAUGAUCCUCCAGAGUUCAUAACAUAUAAUGGUGAUGAAGACCAUCCUGCUCACAGCCUUUUACUUAAUCCAGCCAAUUAUUCUUCAAUCGAAAGUAAUCUUACUUUUGCUGGCUUGGCAGGACUGCGGGAUCCUCCACGUAAAGAGGUUCGCCAAGCAAUUGAAGACUGCAGAGCUGCUGGUAUUCAAGUAAUGGUUAUUACAGGCGAUAACAAGAAUACGGCAGAAGCAAUUUGCCGUGAGAUAGGUGUAUUUGGACCUGAUGAGGACAUCAGUUCAAAAAGCAUAACAGGAAGACAAUUCAUGGAACAUCAUGACCCAAAAAGUCAUCUUACACAAACAGGGGGCCUCCUUUUCUCCAGGGCUGAGCCACGUCACAAACAAGAGAUAGUGAGACUGCUUAAAGAUGUUGGUGAAGUGGUUGCAAUGACCGGGGAUGGGGUGAAUGACGCACCUGCUUUGAAGUUGGCUGAUAUAGGAAUAGCAAUGGGCAUUGCUGGGACAGAGGUUGCAAAGGAAGCUUCCGACAUGGUCCUGGCAGAUGAUAACUUCAGCACUAUUGUGGCUGCAGUUGGAGAAGGCAGGUCCAUUUACAACAACAUGAAGGCCUUCAUCCGGUAUAUGAUAUCUUCAAACAUUGGUGAGGUUGCUUGCAUAUUUUUGACCGCUGCCAUUGGGAUUCCAGAAGGCCUUAUUCCUGUGCAGCUUCUAUGGGUGAAUCUGGUCACUGAUGGCCCCCCUGCAACAGCCUUGGGUUUUAAUCCUCCAGACAAAUACAUCAUGAAAAAGGCACCUCGGAGGAGUGAUGAUUCCUUGAUUAGCCCAUGGAUUUUAUUUCGCUAUCUGGUGAUUGGACUCUACGUUGGGUUAGCAACUGUAGGGGUUUUUGUCAUUUGGUACACUCAAGACUCAUUCUUAGGUAUCGACCUCAGCAGGGACGGUCACAGUCUUGUUACCUUUUCCCAACUCAGAAACUGGGAUCAGUGCAAGUCAUGGGAGAAUUUUACCGUCUCUCCCUUUAAAGCUGGAGACCAAGUGUUCAAUUUUGAAUCUGACCCGUGUGACUACUUCCGUACCGGGAAAGUUAAAGGCAUGACCCUCUCUCUCUCCGUAUUAGUUGCCAUUGAGAUGUUUAAUUCACUAAAUGCCCUUUCUGAAGACGAGAGCCUGUUGACAAUGCCUCCUUGGGUUAACCCAUGGUUACUUCUUGCAAUGUCGGUAUCAUUCGGGCUUCACUUUUUGAUAUUGUAUGUUCCCUUUCUUGCUCAAGUUUUCGGAAUUGUUCCUCUAAGUGUGAACGAGUGGCUGUUAGUCUUGGCUGUUGCCUUGCCCGUCAUCUUGAUUGAUGAGAUCCUAAAGUUUGUGGGUAGGCUGACAAUUGGGGGUGAAACGAGGUCAAAGUCUUCCAAGCACAAGGCGGAGUAAACAUUCAUAGUCAAAUUAUUGAAUUCCUGCUAAUAUUUCUUACAGUUAUUCUAUUUCUAACACAUGAUCCUGUGGCAUUAAUUUAUAUAGUAGUUCUGAUUACAAGUUAUUAGAAGCUAUAUUAUUCAUGUUUUCAGUCUUGUUGGUUUUUGGAACAAAACUGGAACAAAUUAAUAUUUUGGUCUCUGCCUUCACUGCCAUAUUUGUA